GUACCUGCGUUGUUACUACUUUGCAGUCCGCAGUCUAAUCAACAUCGGUGGUCUUCCAGAGCCUAUAACCACCUUUGAGAUAACAUUUCAGAUGACCAACUUUUUUAUUGGCGUCUUUGUGUUCUCUAGUUUGAUUGGACAGAUGAGAGAUGUCAUAGGAGCAGCAACAGCAGGAAAGACAUAUUUCAGGGCAUCUAUGGAUGGCUGUGUUGACUACAUGAAUACCUACGGGAUCCCCAAAUCUGUCCAGAACAGAAUCCGGACCUGGUACAACUACACCUGGGCAGCUCAGGGCAUGCUGGACGAGUCUGAGCUGCUAGACAGCAUGCCUCUGGUGAUGAAAACCGCCAUCGCUGUGGACAUCAACCUGACAACCUUUCAGAAGAUCGCACUGUUUCAGGGCUGUGACCAGCAGAUGUUGGUGGACAUGUUGCUGAGGCUCAAGUCAAUUGUCUAUCUACCUGGAGACUUUGUUGUGAAGAAAGGGGACAUCGGUAAAGAGAUGUACGUCAUCAAAAGUGGUGCGGUGCAGGUGGUGGGAGGACCCGACAACAGUAUUGUGUUUGUCACACUGAAGGCUGGAUGUGUGUUUGGAGAAAUCAGUUUACUACAGUCUGCCAAAGAUGGAGGAAACAGGCGCACAGCUAACGUGAAAGCACAUGGCUUUGCUAACCUUUUUGUCCUGGAGAAGAAAGAUUUGUUUGAUAUCCUCAUCCACUACCCAGAGUCUCAGAAAGUGUUGGCCAGGAAGGGAAGGAAACUUACCAAAGUCAAAGGCCCUCCACCUGCUAAAACCAAUGAGGAGAAGCCGAAAGGUUUGGGAUUCUUUGCACAAAAACCACCAACACCGAAACUAAUUAAACUUAUUGCCAAUUUCCGCAAAGGAGCCAUCAAGAAAAGUGAUGGGUAGCAGAAAUGAAAGUGGGAUGUGUGAUGAGUUCCACCACAUCAAAUCUGUAUCAUUUUGUAUAUUACACUUUUCAUUGGCGACUGGAAGGCCCACAAGAAGACAGAAACGGGGCAUCUGUAAUUUGAAUCUAAUAAUAUUCACCUUGUAAAUGUUUGUAGAUUCCUCAAUCAUUUGAUUUAACCUGAUCGGUGCCAGUAUCCAAAUCUGAUG